AGAAACUCAAAUAGACUGCUCGCAUCUACCAAACUGAAAAAUUCCCCGAAGCGAAAAACAGAGUCCCCCAUCUCCGCUAGUCUCGCGUGUGCUGCAAACACGACGAACAAGAAGAAGACCACCAAGACUACCAAGACCAAUGGAGCUACCGAAACGUCGUCGUUCACCGCGAUCCGCACUAUAACCUCCACUCACUCAGACUCUGAGCCAUGACGAGCUUUCGCUUCUGAGCUCUCGCUUCUCACAUCAAGAUCUAACCAGCACCAAAAGCAAUUGGAGUCAAAAACCGAAGAAGCCAAAUGUUGCCGCGUAGAUUAUCCGCCAUUUUUGGAGGCCUCGCUUCCACCACCACGACUGUAGCUACCGAGCUCCUCCCUACUCUCAAGGUCCAAACCGACAGGGAAGUCUACCGCCCCGGCGAUCAAAUCGUCAUCACCAUUGAGAUCUCCAACCCUAGCAACAAUGACGACAUGGCGUAUUCUCUGCUGAUCGAGCGCCUGGGGUUUGAGAUUAAAGGGAUUGAGAAGCUCGAUUCGCAGUGGUUCGCCACGCAGAAGCCUGUGCCUGGAUCCAAACAGAGAAGAGGUGAAUAUGUGUUCAUGGAAGCCUCGACGCCGGCGCUGGUUACAAAUCAAAUCGUUUCGCCAGGGGCCACAAAAUCAUACGUGGUGCGGUCAGUGUUGCCAAGCAUUAUACCGCCAUCUUACAAAGGUGCUACCAUUCGCUAUAUGUACUAUGUUCGGAGUACAAUGUCUGGACAAUGGCUGAUACUGGAGAAUGCCCACUCUCGUGGAGAAUCAGUUAAAGAUUUUCCAGAAAUGGAAGCUCGUACUCCAUUACAAGUAUGGGUCACUCAGAAGACCAGUGGCUUGGGAACAGAAGAGGGUCAAAGUGAUGGUAUUGUUCCUUCGGCAACCAUGCAAAUCGAUAUGUACUGGAAAGAGAUGGAUGGUGACUCUGAAUGGGUGAGAGCGAAUGAUAUAUAUGAUGGGAUUGAGGAUGGCUAUGAAAGCUCAAGGGAUGAGAUCUCAUCCGUUUCGUCUUACAAUCCUAUGAAAGAACAUAUGAAUAGAACCUUUGGAAGUUCAUUAUCAUUGCAAUCAGCAAGGUCUUCAAAUAAGGAUACAUAUCAUGAAGGAGAACGCACAAGUCUAUCUUCAAAUCUGGCACUUCCACUUCUCUCCGUCGCUGAAGUCAUGUAUGAUACUGGUGCUGAUCUCCAGUCACCCAAGAAUUCCUCUGCCUUAGGCUCUCCAAGCAAGCAGCAGAAACGUACAAAGUCCCUUCCUUUAGAAGAUGAAGCAAGAGCAUCUACUUCACCAGCAGCUGGUGCUGCUGAAACCUUAGCAUCAGAAGGCUUUAUUCGAGGGAGGUCCUACAACAUUCGGCUGGACAACAAAGUUCUGCUUAGAUUUUCCCCGAAAAAUUCUGAUUCUAAUUAUUACUUCAGUGAUAUGAUUGGUGGAACUCUUACUUUCUUUCAUGAAGAAGGAGCUAGAAGAUGCCUUGAGGUUUCUAUAACGUUGGAGACUUCAGAAACUAUUAGUCGGCGAUAUGUCCAUCCUUCUCGGAAGAAUUCCCCUACAAUUACGAAGGUUCAGAGUGAUCAUUACGAGGUUGUUGCCGAUUUGGUGCAGACAAGUUUUCUCUUUUCCAUUCCUAUGGAUGGGCCUAUGUCUUUCUCCACUCCUCAUGUAUCUAUAAAAUGGGUCCUUCGGUUUGAAUUUUUUACCACUCCAAAGAAUGUUGACUGGACCAGGUACGAUCAUCCUCUUCUUGUAGAUGGAAGAGACAAAAGUGAGUGGGUUCUUCCAAUUGUUGUUCAUGCCCCUCCAGGUGUGGGACCUAAUGGUCAGUCCCGAAAUGAGAAGUCUCUCCUUGGAACCGUUGUUGGUGCAUAAUCGAAGGCUGAUAUAAUGAGUUGUCCGAAAUACUAAGCCUCGAUUUUAAAUUGUCAAUCAGCACGUAUUAGCAAUCUGGCCCUUUGUGGCUACACAGCUAUCUUGUUCCUCUGGAAAAAUUGUCCAGUGAAUGCAGAAAACAAAGCUUGAUGUGCAGGAGACAGAGAUGUGGACUGGUUGAUGCUACAGAGCGAAUGUAGCAUAGCUUUAUACACCAAAAUGUGUAGCAUUACUGACUUAUAUUUGUUAAUUUUAUUUUCCCGUAAUCUAAAGUUUCAUGGUGUUGAAACGGGUUGUACAUUCUGUGAAGAUAGGGGUUCGUUAUUUAUUGAAACGAAAGAAAAAAGGAGAAGUCAUACAACUAUUCUACAAA